AGCCCAGACAUAGACGGCACAAAGAGAGAGAGAGAGAGACACUGGAAGCCAGGAGAUACAGCCAGCUGGAGCAUCACUGUUUCCUUGAACAAACAGCUUCAUCACCAGAUCUUAAGACUGAUCAACAAGACCCACCGGAGCCGAUAAACCUGAGACAAAAUCUUCCAACAGCAGAGAUGAUGCCAAUCUGUACUGUCCUGGAGAAGCGUAAUGGCGUGGUGAUGGGAGCUGAGCUGACCUGCAAUGUACGGGAGGAGAACAAGGCUCAGAGGGAGAGCUACAGUGCUGACUGGCAUAGUGUCAGUCUCAAGACUCGACCUCAGGACAGGCAGACAAUGAACAUGAAUGACAGCUCUCGUAGGGAGACUCUGUCCCGGCAGUGGCAGGCCCGUUCGCUGAUGCAGACAUGCCCCUCAGGUGUCUUCAGAGUGGGCACUGUGGAAAGAGGGGUGAGGGAGCACCAGCUGCUGCCAAAGAGAAACACCCUCCCCUUGCCCAUCUUCACCCCAGCAGAGUUGGGUGUCAGGCUUGGACGUGGAGCCCCACACACCGAGGAGGACCUACAGCCCUUCGCCACCCCAGAUGGAGUCUGUCCCAGCAAGAGGACGGUGGAUGAGAUCACAAGAGACCUCCCCCCAGUCAAGCCAACUCUCAUGGAAUUCAGCAAAGCGCCCAGAGACCUGGGUCGCUCCAUGUCCCAAGAAGCCCAGAGAGGGUGAAAAAAAAAGGGACAAAAAGAGGCGAUUUUCUGGCGAGACGAAGCGGGUGACAGCUGGGAAAGGAUAGUCAUUGAGCAGAAUGCGUCAAAAAAAAGAAUGACAAAGUGUAUAUAGAUUUAUCUGUAGUGACAUACACAAACCAAAUACUGUAGAUCUUUAGCACUAUCUGUGUUUCUUGGCGAGCACAGCUCCAGGUAAAUGUCACGUUUUGUCAUUGUUGGAAUUUGGUGGUUAGUGGUAUUAGAAGAGUUUAAAUGAAGGCAUUGUGAUGGAGAGGCAGGGUGUGUGUUCUCAGCUGUGCCUGCGUUGGCCAGCUGUCCACACAAUAUAACCACGACCCGACUAUUACAUGCGAUUUCUUUUGCCUUUAUUUUGUAUUGAAAAGUGCAAAUUUCCUCAUAAGCUAAAUGAAAGUCUUCUUGCGGUUUAUCAGUAUCAUGGAUUGUAUGAAUCCAUGUAACAGACGGUAAAGGCAUGCAAUGACACAGAAAGUAACAGAUGGAAAAUGACAUGCAAAGGGAAGAGACUAGUUUCAAACCGUAAUGAGGGAGAAAGAGAGAGAGUCAGAGAGGAAAGGGAGGGGUGAGAGAUCGGCAAACAUGCCUGGAGUUGGUCAACUUCCAGGCCUCCAAAAGCUCUUGUCAGUCUCUGAUCUCUGUGAAGAGUACAGAAUACUCCGACUGGCGUAAUCACGUACUGCAGCUGUACAUAUGUGUGUGUGUGUUUGUGUUUGUGUGUGUGUUUAUCCCUCUUGUGUGUGUGCCGGCUGUCACCUCUAAUCAAGAGGACUUAGGAAACGAAUAAACUGUUCUUUACUGUUCUUUACUGUGUAUUAACUGAUCUGCCUUGCUAGUUGAGUGGCACCUCGAAAUGUCUGAUAGAGGAACGGAUCGUGUAUUAAAUGAGAAUACAUAGUGGUGUAAAUGAAUUUGAAAUGUGUGCAAUGAUUUUGAAAUAUUUUUCUUAGAUAUUUAUUAUUUUUACUAAUAAAAGCUGAGCUGCUCUCACUCCUCGA